AUGAAGCUAAAGCAGCGAGUCGUGCUGUUGGCCAUCCUCCUUGUUAUCUUCAUUUUCACAAAAGUUUUCCUCAUUGACAACUUGGACACCUCAGCUGCCAACCGGGAGGACCAGCGCGCCUUUCACCGUAUGAUGGCAAGCCUCCAUGUAGAACUGGACCCCCGACUUGACCAUACGUUGCAGUCCCCUUGGGAAAUUGCAGCCCAGUGGGUGGUGCCCCGGGAGGUGUAUCCCGAGGAGACACCUGAGCUAGGGGCUGUUAUGCAUGCCAUGACAACAAAGAAAAUAAUAAAAGCUGAUGUGGGAUACAAAGGGACCCAACUGAAAGCUUUGCUAAUACUUGAAGGAGGACAGAAGGUUGUCUUCAAACCCAAGAGAUAUGCCAGGGAUUAUGUAGUGGAAGGAGAACCAUAUGCUGGCUAUGACAGACACAACGCAGAAGUGGCAGCCUUUCACUUGGAUAGAAUUCUGGGUUUCCGACGAGCUCCGCUUGUGGUUGGCAGGUUUGUGAAUCUGCGUACAGAGAUCAAACCAGUAGCCACGGAGCAGCUUCUGGGUACCUUCAUGACUGUGGGUAAUAACACUUGCUUCUAUGGGAAGUGCUACUAUUGUCGGGAAACAGAACCAGCUUGUGCAGACGGGGACAUCAUGGAGGGGUCAAUGACCCUGUGGCUACCGGAUGUCUGGCCUCUUCAGAAGCAUCGGCACCCAUGGGGUAGGACUUACCGUGAAGGCAAACUUGCCAGGUGGGAGUAUGACGAAAGCUAUUGUGAUGCUGUGAAGAAGACUUCACCCUAUGACUCGGGCCCCCGUCUCCUUGAUAUCAUUGACACCGCCAUCUUUGACUAUUUGAUUGGGAAUGCUGACCGGCAUCACUAUGAGAGUUUCCAGGAUGAUGAAGGAGCCAGUAUGCUCAUCCUCUUGGAUAAUGCCAAAAGCUUUGGAAACCCUGCCCUGGAUGAAAGAAGCAUCUUGGCUCCUCUUUAUCAGUGCUGCAUCAUCCGGGUUUCUACCUGGAACAGGCUCAAUUACCUGAAGAAUGGAGUACUGAAGUCUGCCUUAAAAACUGCUAUGUCGCAUGACCCCAUCUCACCAGUGCUUUCUGACCCUCAUCUGGAUGCCCUAGACCAGCGGCUUCUCAGCAUUCUGGCUACAGUGAAGCAGUGCACAGACCAGUUUGGGCCAGAUGUUGUGCUGGUGGAAGACAGGAUGACACUGUCUCACUUGUAAUUGUAGUGGAACACAGAUGAAACUCCUUUUUUAAAAACAAACAAAAAAGCGAUAGAAAAACAGCACAAUCAGUUCGGAAAGGCUGUGUGGCCAAGAUGGACUGAAAUGAACAGGAAAGCUUCCGAGCCAGAGAAACAGAGGUGACACUGGCUUUUACCUUGGGCUGACAGCAGUGAGAGGUGGGAAGUUGGAGCCUUGGACGGCUCAGUACCCGUAAUGGCAUCUCGGCCGUUGCGGUGUGUCCAUUGCCGGCAGUGGACAUUGCACUGGAUAAAAAUGGCUCUCGGUGUUGGUGGAAGUGUGUGGAAUACAGACACUAACUUGUGAACUGAAUCUAGAGGGGACAAAUGGAGAUGAACAGUAGAGUCCUCUCCCCUUCUCUUCCCCACAUAUGCUCCUGCGAGUUUUUGUCUGAUUCAGGGCUGUACAUAAUCAGCUGUGAGCUGGUUAGGCAUUUUACUGCUUCUUUAGAGAAAGAGGAAGUGGUGAAUAAAAUAAUUAUUAGACUGAAGAGUUGUGCCACCCCGCCGGGGGUGGGAUGUUCUUCGGAAUGCCAUUAGGGGUGGGAGAGGGGACCUCUGCUGCUCAGUUGUCUUUUUCUCGAUAAAAGGCUGGGAAUGGGGUUUGCCUCAUAUAUGAUAAAGCUUCAGUGUUUUCACUGAAGUCCUAUCGAAGAUUUAUCCACAGGGUUGGAGAUUUAGGGGAGCACAGGGUGGUUAUACAGCACUUGGUAAUUAAGGGGUUACAGUAAGUUUCCACAUGUUCGGUCACUGUUUUCCAUUUAUAAGGAAUCUGGCAAGGUCUGAGUAGAGGAAAUACCCUUGCAGUCCCAUGUCCACAUUAACCAAAUUUUCAUUGUAUUGUAGCUGA